AUGUGCAUUCUGGCUGUCAAUGACAAGGAACCCUCUGCUCCUUGCUUCAUCUUGUAUAGAGGAAAAGUCAGGAAAGAGCUCUUGCAAAAGUUCCAUGAUCCGACCAAGAACUAUCGAGUAAAAGAAGAAGAGACUUUAGUUGGAACACUGAAAGGCAGCACAAACAGGCAAAUCAAGUACACCGAGGUACUGAUCUGGCUAAUACUAGGACUUAAAGAGCGACUAAGCAAAGCUCUUGGCAAAGAAGUCGCAGGCCCCUUCGAUGAGAAUAAUAUCGAAAUGUGGGAGCAAGACCUGAAGACGAAGACCCAGACCCAGAGCCGAAGAUCCGAAACCGGACGCUAG